AUGUAAUCUUUGGCUUCUAAAUCAUUACCGAAUGAGUUUCUCUUACUUCAAUUCAAUUGCAUGUGGCACUGCUGUUGUCGCAAGCGAAUACAGCUCAUCUACCAUCACUACCGAUACACCAUCAUUGCACUGACCCCAGUUUGGAUUUCCUUCCUCUUAACUACUCCUGAACACAAGAUGGACAUGUAUCUAAUAUGGCCCUGGACCCACUGCUUUUCUAGCUAACCCCCCAAAUUCAUCACUCUUUCUUUCUUCUUCAAGAUUCCUGCCAUGGUUUUCGAGGACACUGUGGAUCUUUAACUAUAGCUUGCUCAAUUUUUGGAUCAAGAAGUGAGUUGUUGUGUUGAACUGUUGAUCUUCGUUUCUCACCAAUCCAGAAAAUGGACAAGAAGCUGCCCCUUCUGUACAUUUUUUCAGCAGUGUUGAUUAGUGUUGUGGCUGAACCAGUGGAGGAUAAGCAGGCGCUGCUUGAUUUCCUUGACAGCAUGAAUCACUCUCCUCAUGUCAACUGGGAUGAGAACACUUCUGUUUGCCAAAGCUGGAGAGGAGUGACUUGCAACUCUGACGAGUCUCGAGUCACAGCCCUUCGAUUGCCAGGAGCUGGUUUGAGUGGUCCAAUCCCACCCAACACUCUGAGUCGCCUCUCAGCACUUCAGAUUGUGAGUCUCAGAUCAAAUGGUAUAUCAGGCCCUUUCCCUGAUGGUUUCUCUGAGCUGAAAAAUUUGACCAGCCUCUAUCUUCAAUCUAACAAGUUUUCCGGGCCACUACCAAUGAAUUUUUCAGUUUGGAAUAAUCUUAGUGUUGUCAAUUUAUCCAACAAUUAUUUUAAUGGGAGUAUCCCUUUUUCAAUUUCAAAUCUGACUCAUCUCACUUCUUUAGUCCUUGCCAACAACUCCCUUACGGGUGAGAUUCCUGAUCUCAAUAUUCCUAGCCUGCAGGAACUGAAUUUAGCAGACAAUAACCUUAGUGGGGUUGUGCCUAAAUCUCUUCUUAGAUUUCCUAGUUCAGCCUUUGCUGGUAACAACCUUACAUCAGGAACAGCACUUCCUCCGGCCUUUCCUGUGGAACCACCGGCUGUUCCUCCACGGGAAAAAUCCAAAGGACUCAGUGAACCUGCAUUGUUGGGUAUCAUCAUUGGUGCUUCCGUGCUGGGGUUUGUGGUGAUUGCAGGUUUCUUGAUUGUGUGCUGCUAUCGGAAUGCAGAUGUGGAUGUGCAGCCAAUGAAAUCCCAGAAAAAACAAGCCUCUCUGAAAACAGAAUCUUCCGGAAGUCAAGACAAAAACAACAAAAUUGUCUUCUUUGAGGGUGGCAAUCUUGCAUUUGAUCUAGAGGACCUGUUGAGAGCAUCUGCUGAGAUUCUUGGCAAAGGUACCUUUGGCAUGACAUAUAAGGCUGCUCUAGAGGAUGCAACCACUGUGGUGGUCAAGAGGUUGAAGGAGGUCGCUGUUGGAAAACGAGAUUUUGAACAGCAGAUGGAGGUGGUGGGGAGAAUAAAGCACGACAAUGUGGAUGCAGUGAGGGCAUAUUACUACUCAAAGGAAGAGAAACUCAUAGUAUAUGAUUACUAUCAACAAGGCAGCGUCUCUGCAAUGUUACAUGGCAAAGGAGGGGAAGGUAGAAGUGCUUUAGACUGGGAUAGCCGUUUGAGAAUUGCAAUUGGUGCAGCGAGAGGCAUUGCUCACGUCCACUCACAACAUGGAGGGAAACUCGUUCAUGGAAACGUAAAAGCCUCAAACAUCUUCCUCAACUCACAAGGAUACGGAUGCAUAUCUGAUAUUGGCUUGGCAACAUUGAUGAGUCCAAUACCUGUCCCAGCCAUGAGAACAACUGGAUACCGUGCACCAGAAGUAACUGACACGCGCAAAGCAACCCAUGCAUCUGAUGUCUACAGUUUUGGGGUGCUACUUCUUGAGCUUCUGACUGGGAAAUCGCCCAUAAACAGCUCAGAAGGUGAACAGGUUAUCCACUUGGUUAGAUGGGUGAAUUCUGUUGUUAGAGAGGAGUGGACUGCAGAAGUGUUUGAUGUAGAGCUAUUGAGGUAUCCCAACAUAGAGGAAGAAAUGGUGGGGAUGCUACAAAUAGGGAUGGCUUGUGCUGCAAGAAUACCGGAUCAGAGACCGAAGAUGCCUGAUGUGGUGAAAAUGGUUGAAGAGAUUCGCCGUGUAAAUACGCCAAAUUUACCAUCUACAGAGUCUCGGUCAGAAGUUUCUACACCCACACCUCGUGCAGUGGACAUACCUUCUACCUCUGUUCAACAAUGAUAUUCUUUUGUUCUGAUGAAUAGUCGUUAAGAUGUAAUCAAUUCAAUUAUAUUCUUAACAGUAGAAAUGAUAUCCAUCGAAGGGACUUUUGGUCCUUGGGAGUUUGCAAAACAUAUUUGCUCUGAGUAGUUAAGCUACCAGUAACAUCAAACCGGGUCCCUUUGCUAGUAAUAAUUGUGUGUAUUAUGCAGUCAGGGAAUCUUUAGAGUCCGUUAUGCUGUCAGUUCGUGAUACCUACUAUGAACUGCACACAGGACACCUAAUACGGUGUUUAGUAAUUAUUCUCAGUCCACUUUGAUUGUCGAUGACAGAUCUGUUCCACUAGUCAACAUUAGAAAAAUAAAUAAAUAAUUUGUCCUACUUCGUA